AUAUUACAUUUUCUACUGAGGCGCCGUAGUGUAGUGUUCGAGGUGGGUGCAGCGCAACGUACAGUAUCUAUCGUUCUUCGAUUCUAUCUGAAAAGAACGGAGUGAAGGCAGUACAGUAGGUCAAAACAUCUCUUCUACUUUUAUAGGACUUUCAUCAUAUUCACGUUCUGGGAGGGCUACUUUCAGUCAAGCAUGCACCUCGAGUUGCAAGUACCUUCAAUACAUGCUUUGAAGGUACAAGGUCUUGGGGAAUACGAGACUCUUUGCGAGAGAAUUGAAUGUAAUCCGUCGAAGAGUACAAGUUGGUCUACUUGUGCGGAAGGUGAGGGCCCACUCCAGAAAGGUACUGCCAAGUACGUACAAUCCUCGAUUGGGACACUGUGUACCUCAUCGUCUGACUCGGUAACGGACCUCCAAUGCUCCUUCAUACUCAAUUCUAUGAAUGAAGAAUCAAGCUUGCAGCCCAAACCUCACCGUAAACAGGUGGACAUCCGGAGCUAUUGUGAGACACGAAGGUUUGGAGUGUAAAUAAGUCCAGGGUAAGUUCGCGUGCAGUUAUUGCAGAGAAAACAUCUUUGGAGUACUUUAUCAUCUUCUAUACUUGAUCAUCUCACGAGGCCAUAUAUGUGUACAAAAUCCAUGGAGUAGCGGUGCGUGAGUCAGUUCUCAUCCUCUGGUGAAACAGCAGCUCCUCUUAGUAUUCUUUUCGGGAUAGACCACGUGCCCUUGAAAUUGUAAUCUGAAACCUUCCAUUACCGUGUGCAGUAUUUUCUAUCAGAACAAAAUC